AUGCCAAAGUAUCAUCCAAACAAAAACGAACUAAACCCAUAUAUUCCUCGAUAUAUAUUAGAAACACCAAGAUAUCAACAAGAUAUAACUAACAAAUCUUCUGAACAACAAGAGCAACAUACUCACGAUCAAACCACAACCACCCAUGAUCCAUUAGCCCAUCAACGGAAAACGGGGGAAAUCAUCGAUAAUAGUGUAGCCCAAUCAGGAACUGGUAUUAAAGAUGAAUUCAAGGGCACAAUAAGAGUAGAAGAAAAUGAAACCUAUGAUAGUAAACGAGAUCGAUGGUAUGGAUAUUCUACAGAGGAAUGGUUAACCCAUUUGAAAAAUUGGAAUGAAAAAAAGCAACCUCGAAAAAAUCAAUCAACACCAGAUAAUGAUGAUUCUGAUGAUACUGAUUAUGAAUUGGAAUUAAUUGAAUUAGAAUUGGAUCAAAAAGAUAUGAAUAAAAACAUUAAAAAAGAUCCCAUGGAGAAAAUGCUUAGAGAUAGACAAGAUAUACCAGCAUAUAUUUAUAAUAUCACUUCUAACCCCAACAAUAAAAUAAGAAUUGAAUACGAUCCUAAAUCUAGAUUAGCCAAAGAUUCUGCAAAAGGGUUUUUAAACAAGAGGAAUCAAUUUGUUAAAAAAUUAACUGGUGAUGGUGAUAAGUUGAUGAAACUACAGAAAAUGGCACAAGCUCUUGAUAAUGAACAAGAAAAGGAUCGGAAAUUGGCUAAAUUAAAACAAGAAUUUUAUGGUGAAGAAAAACCGAAAACUAUACCACAAACUGAUUUGAGUCUAAGUCUCGAAGCAAGUCCUACAUUAAUGAUGUUGAAAUCAAAACAAUUGCAAAAUGAAAAAAUGACAAAAACAUUGCAAAGCAAGCAAGAGGUUAUGGAAAAGUAUCAUGCAUUGACAGAAUCAGAUAGUAAUGAACUGAAAAAGAAAACGGGACACCUUGAAGAUCAAUUGUUUUUAAAUCACAAAUAUAUUUAUGGCAGUUACUAUGAAAAUGGUAAAUGGGGGUAUAAAUGUUGUAAACAAUUUGAUAAAAAUUCACGCUGUACAGCUACUGAUUGA